AUGGAUGCUUCAACUCAAGCCGAUGUCUCCAAGCUCAACGAUGCCGACAAGAAGGAGCUCCAGCAGGUUCUUGUAGCUGAAAGCCAGAAGGCCAACAUUCAGCAGGCUGUUCACAACCUCAAUGAAAUCUGCUUCAAGAAGUGUGUUACUGGCAAGAUCACCUCAGGUGCCCUCGACCGGAGCGAGGAAACCUGCGCCCAGAACUGCGUCGAGCGCUGGGUGGAUUCUCAGAUGUCUGUUCUGAAGCAACUGGGUAGUAUGCGCAGCCAAUGA